AUGUUGCUGAAGGAUUUUGCUAGCAGAUAUGCCACAGGAGAUGAAGUGUAUAUGGCCGAUGUGUUCUUAGCUCCACAGAUUUUUGUAUCUACUACAAGGUUUAACAUUAACAUGUCCAAAUUCCCCACUUUAAGUAGGCUGCAUGAAUCCUACAAGAUUUUACCGGAGUUGGAAGCUUCGUCACCAGAAAGGCAACCUGAUGCUGUGCGUUAA